GAUCAACGACGCGAGCGCUCGGUAUAGUCGUGCGCAGCGACCGCAAAGAGGUCGUGAAUUCGGAUCUCUUUUCGUUUAAUUUUGUUCGAUAAUUUACAUUCACAUGAUUCAAUAUGGCCGCUCCCUGGAGGGUCUGAGAUAGUUCUUGCUAAUUGCUAGAUCUUCCCGUUUUCCAGUUCUAUUUUUGAUACAGUGAGCUCAUUAUUGAAUGCACAAUGGCAGAUUUUUUAGCGGACAACAACCAGUGCGGUCAGACAGCUCUGAAGCUUGUCUCGAGAGGGAACGCAAUCAUUGCAGAGUUGUUGCGUCUGUCCGUGUAUGUACCACCAGUGUUCCGUCUCGACAACAAGCACGAUCAGAUGAAGUAUGGGGACAUCCUCUUUGACUUUUCAUACUUCAAGCAGUUUGACUACUACGACCACAGAAUCGAUUCAAGGCCGGAGCUGCAAGACCUUGAUGAAAUGUUCCGGGAGAACCACAUGGAGAUCCUCCGACGUUUCUACCUCGCUUUUGAAAGCAUCCACAAAUAUGUAAUGGAUCUCAACAGAUUUUUGGAAGAACUUGACGAGGGGGUGUUCAUUCAGCAGACGCUAGAGACCGUACUGCUUAAUGAGGAUGGCAAACAAUUGAUGUGUGAAGCCCUCUACCUGUACGGCUGUAUGCUGUUGAUCGUUGACAUGAGAAUCGAAGGGAGGGUCCGAGAGAGGAUGCUCGUCUCUUAUCACAGAUACAGUGCAUCCCGGGCCGCUGUAGAUUCCAACAUGGACGAUGUUUGCAAGCUUCUGAGAAGUACUGGCUACCACCCCUCCCCAACGGCCAAGAGACCCCCUAACUACCCUGAGGAUUACUUCAAACGCAUUCCAAUCAGCAAAACCUUCAUCGCCAUGGUGAUCGGAAGAUUACGAUCUGAUGACAUCUACAAUCAAAUUUCAGCAUAUCCUUUGCCGGAGCACCGUAGCACAGCGCUCUCCACACAGGCCGCAAUGCUGUAUGUCAUCAUGUUCUUUUCUCCGGAUACACUCAAUACCCAACAGGCUAAGAUGAGGGAGAUCGUUGACAAACACUUUCCUGAUAACUGGGUUAUCACUGUAUAUAUGGGUAUCGUAGUCAAUCUAGCAGAUGCAUGGGAGCCUUACAAAGCAGCCAAGACAGCACUUAAUAACACACUUGACCUCAACAAUGUCAAAGAAUUGGCCAUUCGUCACAACAAAAGACUGGAACAGUUGAUACAGAUGACCAAGCACUACUUGACCGAGGGAAACCUGACCGAAGAAUACGUCCUGGACAACAUCCCGAAGCUCAUGAACUGCCUCAGGGAAUGUAACGUGACCAUUAGGUGGCUUAUGCUACAUACCGCAGAAGGGCCUUGGGACCAUAACAAGAAAGUACGUCAGAUCAGGGAACAGCUGGUCCAGGAGGGCAAGUACAGCCCUCAGAAGAUGUUCGAGUGUCUGCUCAACACCGCUCAACUAGAAUUCAAACUCAAAGAGAUGUUCAAGAAGAUGUUGGCCGAGAAGCAUGAUAAAUGGGACUCCUACAAGACGGAAGGGGUCGAGAGGAUGGCCGAGCUAUCAGAAGUGUUCUCUGGAACCAAGCCACUCACGAGGGUCGCCAAAAAUGAGAAUCUUCAGGCUUGGUUUGGUGAUAUGUCCAAGCAGAUUUCUUCAUUAGCCUAUGAUGACUCCACAGCUGCCGGAAGGAAGAUUAUACAACUCAUUCAGGCCCUUGAAGAGGUGCAAGAGUUCCACCAGCUGGAGGCAAAUCUGCAGGUGCGUCAGUUCUUGGCGGAGACCAGGAAGUUCCUACACCAGAUGAUCAGAACUAUCAACAUCAAGGAGGAAGUCCUCAUCACUAUGCAGAUUGUGGCUGAUGUCUCCUAUGCCUGGGAGAUCAUUGAUAAUUACACACCUUUCAUGCAGCAAGGAAUCAAGAAUUACCCAGCACUGGUAAUCAAACUUAGAGCUACAUUCCUCAAGCUUGCCUCGGCCCUUGACUUGCCGUUGAUCCGAAUCAACCAAGCGAACAGCCCGGAUUUGGUCAGUGUAUCACAGUAUUACUCCAAUGAGUUAGUCGCCUAUGUCCGAAAGGUGCUUCAGAUCAUCCCUCAGACAAUGUUUGCACUCCUCUCUCAGAUCAUCCAGCUUCAAACCCAUCACAUCAAGGAGGUCCCUACUCGACUAGAGAAAGAGAAACUAAGGGAUUUUGCACAGCUUGACCAGCGCUAUGAGGUUGCAAGGUUAACCCAUUCCAUCUCGGUCUUCACAGAAGGCAUUCUUAUGAUGAAAACAACUCUAGUAGGAAUCAUCAAGAUCGAUCCUAAGCAACUCCUUGAAGAUGGCAUCAGGAAAGAACUGGUUGCUCAAGUAGCAAGUGCUCUUCAUGGCUCACUCAUCUUCAAUCCCAAAGCAAAGGUUUGUGAGCUGAUGCCAAAGCUCGAGACUCUGGGAGCUCGCAUGGAUGGGUUCAUUCGAUCCUUUGAGUACAUCCAGGACUAUGUUGAUAUCCACGGCCUGAAGAUCUGGCAGGAAGAGGUGUCAAGGAUCAUCAAUUACAACAUGGAACAAGAGUGCAACAGCUUCCUGAGGACAAAGGUGCAUGAUUGGCAGAGUGUAUACCAGUCCACCACCAUCCCAAUUCCUAAGUUUCCUCCGGUAGACAACUCCAUCAACUUCAUGGGACGACUUGUCAGGGAGAUCCUUCGUAUCACUGAUCCGAAAACGACCACCUAUAUCGAUGGUAUGAAGACUUGGUAUGACUUGAAGACAAGGCAAGAGGUCUUGGAUAUGAAAGUCUUCUCCAAAUUACAGCAAAGCAUCGGUACCUAUGGACUGACCGGGCUUGACCGUCUACUCUGCUUCAUGAUGGUCAGAGAGCUGCAGAACUUCUUGACGAUCAUUGAGAAGGGUGUCCUGCGGGACAAGGCCUGGCUGGAGAUGUUUGGUGGUCUGAUGAAAUCACUCAAUCCAGUGAAAGGGAUCAUUAGCAACCCAAACAAACUAUACUCACACUAUAUGACCAAGGCUGCUAAGAUGUGGGUCCCAUUCAUCAAUGUAGUUUUGAAGGUGGGUCAGAUGCAAUUGUUACGGAGACAGAUUGCCAACGAGCUCAACUUCUCCUGUAAAUUUGACUCCAAGUUCCUAGCCAGUGCUCUGGAGACAAUGAACAAGAGUCUAAUGGCAGAUGUAGAGGCCCAUUACCAGGACCCCAAACUUCCAUACCCCAAAGAAGAUAACCCCUUAAUGUAUGAGCUUUCAUCCUACUUGGAAUGUGCUGGAAUCAGUAACCCCCUCGGCAAGAUUUAUAUUACCACCAAGAGGCUACCAUACUUCUCUCUAUUCACCUUCCUCUUCGUCGUGGCCCAGCUUCCUAAGCUGCAGUAUGUCAAGACAGUCGGGAGCAUUAUUGGCAAGCUUCCCAAGGAUCCCAUCGACGGACCUCCCUUCAUCGUAGGAACCCUCACUCUCCUCAAGCAGUUCCACACGGAGAACACUGAUCAGUUCCUGGCACUUCUUGGACAGUACGUCAGGUCUCUUGUAGAGUCCACUGCUGCUGGUGGACGAGCAUCUGAGCUUCCACAGGAAGCAGUCUGUAUUCUUGCCUUUCUUGAUGACUUUGUACACUAUGCUGCUCUCCCACGACAGACAAUCGAGUCUCACAUUCCCGCCUACAUCUUUGAUGAAUUCAAGAGCAAUGCACAGUAGAAAGAGUGUAGGUGACAAAACAAACUUGACUUGGGCCAGAGAUAAUAGCAUUGAAGUGGAUUGGAAAUCCCAAGGGACCCGUUUACAUUCAUGCCACUUACUCUGCAAUCAUUGAACUGGAUUAAGUUUUUCAUUGGGCCUGUUCACAUUUUGUAAUGUUUCACUAAACCAAACAAAUGCAAGGAGCGAGAGGUGGCGGGCAUGUUCACAUAUUUAAGACUUCCAAUGUUGCACCAAAACAAACUGGAGGUACAAAUCGAAAUAGUACCAUUGAAAUGGAUUGGAAAAAACCCAACUGGACAUGUUCACACUUAGCAUAGUUUCUCUAAAAUCGUUGGAACAGCAGGAGAGAAGAGAUUAUGCAGUUUGUUGGCUUUGUUCACAUGUUUCACACGUUUUGCUAAUCCAAAUGAAUGUGAGGAACAUGUAGACAUGGUGGGUGUGUUCACGCACUUCUAUAAGUUUCAAUGCAACUUCACAAGCAGAAAGGAUAUUGUCGCAUUGAAUGGUGGAUAUUUACCUGUUCACAUUCAUCCCAGUUUGUCUCCAAUGAUUACAAUGGAGGAGAGAACAAAUUAAUCAUUCCACUGGCUCUUUUCACAUUUAACAUUUCGCCAAACCAAUUUAAUACAAGGAAGAUCGAGUGAUGAUGGACAUGUUCAAAUUUCUAAAAAUUCAAUUGCAAGCACCCCGACAGCAAACAGAGAGGAUAGCAUUGAAUAUAAUAGGAAAAGCCCCUUGGAUAUAUUCACACUCCUGCCAAUUUCUCUGCAAUCACGGAACUCGAGGAGAGAACAGAUUUAGCAGUUCAGCGACCUGUUCACAUUCUUGAAUGUUUCACUACACCAACAAAUGAGGAGGAUCAAGAUAUUGCGGGCAUGUUCACACUUCUAAAGUUUCAUUGCACCUAAACUUCAGGUGCAAACAGAAACAGUAUUGAAUGGUGUAUUGGAAAUUCCCAAUGGACACGUUCACAUCGUCAGUUUCAGGAGGAUUGCAUGAAUACCAGACAAAGGUAAAAGCCGGGGGAAAAAAAAAAUAAUUUUGAAAGUAAAUGAAUAAAUGAGUGAUGUAUGUACAGUCCAACCUCUCUUAUCCAGACAUGUUGGGACGAGCUCCAAUCCAGAUAGGGGAUUUAUCCAGAUCUGAGAGACCCAAUAGUAAAUAUUUGUGUUACAUCUUGCAAAUGUACAUGCAUGCCCUUUAUUGUUUAACCACUUGACUGCUAUAGGCUGUAUUGGGCACUGACCCCCCUGUGCUACUGAAUGGGACUAACAAGUUAGAUCUAUUUGGGACUACAACCGACAGCAACUUGGGAGGAGAAUUGUAAAUAAUCACAUCACUUUCCUCAUCACUAUUUCCAAUAUCCAUU